AAGAACUUUACUUUCCGAAGAAGGCAAACAGGUCAACUAUUGUUGGAAGUAGCCUGGCCUCUAUUUAUUUUCUUCAUAUUGAUUUCUGUACGACUCAACUAUCCACCCUAUGAACAACAUGAAUGCCACUUUCCAAACAAAGCCAUGCCAUCUGCAGGAACUCUCUCUUGGGUUCAGGGGAUUAUCUGCAAUGCCAAUAACCCUUGUUUCCGAUAUCCAACCCCUGGUGAAUCUCCUGGUGUUGUUGGAAACUUCGACAAGUCAAUUGUUUCACGUCUGUUCUCAGAUGCUCGGAGGCUCCUGUUAUAUAGCCAGAAAGACACCAGUAUGAAGGACACACAGAAACUUUUGGCAACUUUGCAGCAGCUGGGGACUUUCAACUUAAGCAUGAAGCUUCAGGAUUUCCUGGUGGACAACGAAACCUUCUCUGAAUUUUUGCAGCACAACCUUACCAUGUCCCAUCUAGCUGUGGAGGAGGUUCUGGACACUGAUAUCAAUCUCCACAAAAUAUUGCUUGAGGGCAUGCAAUUAGAGGCAGGAGUCAUAAGAAAUAAGAUUUUGUUCUUCUCUGACCCUUUUUUCCUUUCACCCUUUUGUUGCCACCCCUACCCCUUCUCCUCUCCGUGCCCAUUUCAGUUAUCCACCAUGAAGAGCUGGAGUGACAUGAGACAAGAGGUGAUGUUUCUAACCAAUGUGAACAGUAGCAGUUCCUCUACCCAGAUCUACCAAGCUGUGUCUCGAAUUGUGUGUGGUCACCCUGAGGGUGGAGGGUUGAAGAUCAAGUCCCUUAAUUGGUACGAGGACAACAACUACAAAGCCCUCUUUGGAGGAAAUAACACUGAAGAGGAGGUGACGAGCUUCUAUGAUAAUUCCACCACUCCUUAUUGCAAUGAUUUAAUGAAGAAUUUGGAAUCUAGUCCUCUUUCUCGAAUUAUUUGGAAGGCUCUAAAACCUCUGCUUGUUGGAAAGAUCUUAUAUACUCCUGACACACCAGCUACUAGAACACUCAUGUCUGAGGUGAAUAGAACCUUUCAGAAUCUGGGUGUAUUCCAUGACUUGGAAGGGAUGUGGGAAGAAAUCAGCCCCAAAAUCUGGACAUUCAUGGAAAACAGCCAGGAAAUGGACCUCAUCCGGACUCUGUUGGAUGAUAAAGUUAACAGCAGUCUUUGGGGACAGCACUUGGUUGGUUUAAACUGGACAACCUCAGAUAUUGCAGCCUUUUUAGCCAAGAACCCUGAAGAUGUCCAGUCAACCAAUGGUCCAGUGUAUACCUGGAGAGAUGCUUUUAAUGAGACCAAUUGGGCAAUCCAGACAAUAGCACGAUUUAUGGAGUGUGUUAACUUGGACAAACUUGAGCCAAUACCUACAGAAGUUCGACUGAUCAACAAGUCCAUGGAGUUAUUAGAUGAAAGGAAGUUCUGGGCUGGCAUAGUGUUCACCGGCAUUGCUCCUGGUAGUAUUGAACUGCCUCAUCAUGUCAAAUACAAGAUCCGGAUGGAUAUUGACAAUGUAGAAAGGACAAACAAAAUCAAGGAUGGGUACUGGGACCCUGGUCCUCGUGCUGAUCCAUUUGAAGACUUGCGCUAUGUCUGGGGAGGCUUCGCGUACUUGCAAGAUGUGGUGGAGCAGGCAAUCAUCCGAACAUUGACUGGCUCUGAAAAGAACACCGGCAUUUAUGUGCAACAGAUGCCUUAUCCUUGUUAUGUAGAUGAUAUAUUUCUGCGGGUGAUGAGCCGCUCAAUGCCUCUCUUCAUGACCUUGGCUUGGAUCUACUCUGUGGCGGUGAUCAUUAAGGGGAUCGUGUAUGAGAAAGAAGCCCGACUAAAGGAGACCAUGAGAAUGAUGGGUUUGGACAACGGCAUCCUCUGGUUUAGCUGGUUCAUUAGCAGCUUCAUCCCACUCCUUGUGAGUGCAGGGCUGCUGGUGUUAAUCCUGAAGCUAGGAAACUUGCUGCCCUACAGUGACCCCAGUGUGGUCUUCCUGUUCCUCACCGUCUUCGCUGUGGUGACCAUCUUGCAAUGCUUCUUGAUCAGCACACUCUUCUCUAGAGCCAACUUGGCUGCAGCCUGUGGUGGGAUCAUCUACUUUACACUCUACCUGCCCUAUGUCCUCUGUGUUGCUUGGCAGGACUAUGUGGGCUUCUCUCUGAAAAUCUUUGCUAGUCUUCUGUCUCCUGUAGCAUUUGGAUUUGGUUGUGAGUAUUUUGCCCUCUUUGAGGAGCAGGGCAUUGGAGUACAGUGGGACAACCUCUUUGAGAGCCCUCUCGAGGAAGAUGGCUUCAACCUCACCACCUCAAUCUCUGUGAUGCUGUUUGAUGCCUUCCUGUAUGGUGUGAUGACCUGGUAUAUUGAAUCGGUCUUUCCAGGUCAAUAUGGAAUUCCAAGACCCUGGUAUUUCCCUUUCACCAAGUCUUAUUGGUUUGGUGAGGAAAGUGAUGAAAAGAGUCAUACUGGUUCCAGGCAAAAAGGGACUUCAGAAAUCUGCAUGGAAGAAGAACCUAGCCACCUGCGUCUGGGGGUGUCUAUUCAGAACCUGGUAAAAGUUUAUCGGGAUGGCAUGAAGGUGGCAGUAGAUGGCCUUGCAUUGAAUUUCUAUGAAGGGCAGAUCACAUCUUUUCUGGGACAUAAUGGAGCCGGGAAAACUACCACCAUGUCCAUCUUGACUGGCUUGUUCCCCCCAACCUCAGGCACUGCCUACAUCCUUGGAAAAGAUAUUCGUUCAGAGCUGAGCACUAUACGGCAGAAUUUGGGGGUCUGUCCUCAGCAUAAUGUACUUUUUGACAUGCUAACAGUAGAAGAACACAUCUGGUUCUAUGCCCGUCUAAAAGGGCUGUCAGAAAAAAAUGUGAAGGAAGAGAUGCAGCAGAUGGUACUAGAUGUUGGUUUGCCACACAAACUGAAAACUAAAACAAGUCAGCUGUCUGGAGGAAUGCAAAGAAAGCUGUCUGUGGCUUUGGCCUUUGUUGGUGGAUCGAAGGUCGUCAUUUUAGAUGAACCGACAGCUGGGGUGGACCCUUACUCUCGCAGAGGGAUAUGGGAGCUGCUCCUGAAAUAUCGACAAGGUCGCACCAUCAUUCUGUCCACUCACCACAUGGAUGAGGCAGAUAUACUGGGGGAUAGGAUUGCCAUCAUUUCUCAUGGGAAGCUGUGUUGUGUUGGCUCCUCUCUCUUUUUGAAGAAUCAGCUGGGAACAGGGUACUACCUGACCCUGGUCAAGAAGGAUGUGGAUUCCUCCCUCAGUUCCUGUAGAAACAGUAGCAGUACGGUGUCUUACCUGAAAAAGGAGGACAGUGUUUCUCAGAGCAGUUCUGAUGCAGGCCUGGGCAGUGACCAUGAAAGUGACACCUUGACAAUAGAUGUUUCUGCUAUCUCCAACCUAAUUACGAAGCAUGUCUCAGAAGCUCGGCUGGUGGAGGAUAUUGGACACGAAUUAACCUACGUGCUGCCCUACGAAGCUGCCAAGGAAGGGGCAUUUGUAGAACUCUUCCAUGAAAUUGAUGAUCGACUCUCUGACCUGGGCAUUUCGAGUUAUGGAAUCUCAGAGACUACGCUGGAGGAGAUAUUUCUUAAAGUGGCUGAAGACAGUGGAGUAGAUGCAGAAACAUCAGAUGGAACCUUACCUGCAAGAAGGAACAGACGUGCCUUUGGAGACCGACAGAGCUGUCUGCGCCCAUUCACUGAAGAUGAUGCUUUUGAUCCCAAUGACUCAGAUGUGGAUCCAGAAUCUCGAGAGACAGAUCUACUCAGUGGCAUGGAUGGUAAAGGCUCCUAUCAGGUGAAGGGUUGGAAACUCACCCAACAGCAGUUUGUGGCCCUUUUGUGGAAGAGGUGGCUGAUUGCCAGGCGAAGCAGGAAGGGAUUUUUUGCUCAGAUUGUUCUGCCGGCAGUAUUUGUCUGCAUUGCCCUUGUCUUCAGUCUGAUUGUUCCUCCUUUUGGCAAGUACCCUAGUCUGGAACUACAACCAUGGAUGUACAGUGAGCAAUACACAUUUGUCAGCAAUGAUGCUCCUGAAGAUGCAGGCACUCAAAAACUCUUGGAUGCUCUGACCAAGAGCCCUGGUUUUGGCACCCGUUGUAUGGAAGGACAGUCAAACCCACAUAUUUCUUGUGAAGGAGGUGAGGAUAAAUGGACCACUGCUUCUGUCCCUGAGUCUGUGAUGGACAUCUUUCUGAAAGGGAACUGGACAAUGGAGAACCCUUCACCUGCCUGUGAGUGCAGUAAUGACAAGAUAAAGAAAAUGCUUCCCGUGUGUCCUGCAGGUGCAGGUGGAUUGCCUCCUCCCCAAAGAAAACAAAACACAUCUGAUAUCCUUCAGAACUUGACUGGAAGAAACAUAUCUGACUAUCUGGUGAAGACCUAUGUCCAGAUCAUAGCAAAAAGCUUAAAGAACAAGAUGUGGGUAAAUGAGUUUAGGUAUGGCGGCUUUUCGUUGGGUACCAGUAGCAUUCAUGGAUUGCCUCCGAGUAACGAAGUUAAUGCUGCUAUUGACCAAGUGAAGAAACUGUUCGAGCUGACAAAGGACAGUUCUGCAGAUCGAUUUCUCAACAGCUUAGGAAGCUUUAUGACAGGACUGGACACCAAAAAUAACGUCAAGGUGUGGUUCAAUAACAAGGGCUGGCAUGCCAUUGGCUCCUUCUUGAAUGUCAUCAAUAAUGCUAUCCUCAGAGCCAACCUGCCUGAGGGAGAGAACCCCAGCAACUAUGGCAUUACUGCUUUUAACCACCCUCUGAACCUGACCAAGCAGCAGCUCUCCGAAGUGGCUCUGAUGACUACUUCAGUAGAUGUCCUUGUCUCCAUCUGUGUGAUCUUUGCCAUGUCCUUUGUCCCAGCCAGCUUUGUGGUGUUCUUAAUCCAGGAGAGAGUCAGCAAAGCCAAACAUCUACAAUUCAUCAGUGGUGUAAAGCCAGUCAUCUACUGGCUUUCCAAUUUCGUCUGGGAUAUGUGCAACUAUGUGGUACCCGCCACCUUGGUGAUCAUCAUCUUCAUCUGCUUCCAGCAAAAGUCCUAUGUGUCCUCCACCAAUCUGCCUGUCCUGGCUCUUCUUCUCUUACUUUAUGGGUGGUCAAUAACCCCUCUCAUGUACCCAGCCUCCUUUGUGUUCAAGAUUCCCAGCACAGCAUAUGUGGUCCUCACUAGUGUGAACCUCUUCAUUGGGAUUAAUGGAAGUGUGGCCACUUUUGUCUUAGAACUCUUCACUAACAACAAAUUCAACAACAUUAAUGAUAUUUUGAAAUCUGUGUUCCUGAUAUUUCCUCACUUCUGUCUGGGUCGGGGGCUAAUUGACAUGGUGAAAAACCAGGCAAUGGCUGACGCACUAGAAAGGUUUGGUGAAAACCGUUUUGUGUCUCCACUCUCCUGGGACUUGGUGGGAAGGAACCUCUUUGCCAUGGCCGUGGAAGGAGUGGUCUUCUUCCUCAUCACAGUACUGAUCCAGUACAGGUUUUUCAUCAAGCCCAGACCUAUAAUUGCAAAACUUCCCCCUUUAAAUGAUGAGGAUGAAGAUGUGAAGAGGGAGAGGCAGAGGAUUUUGGAUGGUGGAGGACAGAAUGAUAUUCUAGAAAUCAAAGAACUAACCAAGGUAUAUAGAAGCAAGAGGAAACCUGCAGUUGACAGGAUCUGUGUUGGCAUCCCUCCUGGAGAGUGUUUUGGGCUUUUGGGAGUGAAUGGUGCUGGAAAAUCAUCAACUUUUAAGAUGCUAACUGGAGAUACUACUGUGACAAAAGGAGAUGCUUUUCUCAAUAAAAACAGUAUCUUGUCAGACAUCCAUGAAGUACAUCAGAACAUGGGCUAUUGCCCCCAGUUUGAUGCUAUCACUGAACUGUUGACAGGAAGAGAGCACGUGGAAUUCUUUGCACUCUUGAGAGGUGUCCCUGAGAAAGAAGUUGGCAAGGUUGGUGACUGGGCAAUCCGAAAACUGGGCCUUGUGAAAUAUGGAGAAAAGUAUGCUGGGAAUUACAGUGGUGGCAACAAGCGAAAACUUUCAACAGCUAUUGCUUUGAUUGGAGGCCCUCCAGUGGUGUUUUUGGAUGAACCAACCACUGGCAUGGAUCCCAAAGCCCGCCGGUUCUUAUGGAAUUGUGCCCUAAGUGUAAUCAAAGAGGGAAGGUCUGUGGUGCUUACCUCUCACAGCAUGGAAGAAUGUGAAGCUCUCUGUACCAGAAUGGCAAUCAUGGUCAAUGGGAGGUUCCGUUGUCUUGGCAGUGUCCAACACUUAAAGAACAGGUUUGGAGAUGGUUAUACAAUAGUCGUACGGAUAGCAGGCUCUAAUCCUGACCUGAAGCCUGUUCAGGAAUUCUUUGGCCUGGCCUUUCCAGGAAGCGUCCUCAAAGAGAAGCACCGCAACAUGCUGCAAUACCAGCUCCCAUCUUCCCUGUCUUCCCUAGCCAGGAUAUUCAGCAUCCUUUCCCAGAACAAAAAGAGAUUCCACAUAGAAGAUUAUUCUGUUUCUCAGACAACACUUGACCAAGUAUUUGUAAACUUUGCAAAGGACCAAAGUGACGAUGACCACUUAAAGGACCUGUCAUUACACAAAAACCAAACUGUUGUAGAUGUCGCAUUUCUCAAAUCUUUUCUGCAAGAUGAGAAAGUGAGAGAAAGCUAUGUCUAAGUUACCUCCUCUGAACUGAGAGAGGUUAAGGGACAGGAGGAACCAGAGGUCUUCCUUUGCAGGGAGUCAAACGUUCCAGGGGACGGGGCCAGAGGACUUCGUGGGAAGGAAACCAAACUGGACCCUGUGCUGAUAACUCUACAAUGCAAUGCAAUUCAAUGCAAUGAAGACAAAAAAUUCCAUUACAGGGGCAGUGCCUUUGUAUGUAGUGUUUGCCUUGUCGUACAGCUCUCAAGUGAAAAGACUUGAAUCUAGUUUAUAAUACAUUGUAACUAUGGGAAACCGUAGUAUGGAACCCAUUGGGUUUUAAAUCAUCCCUUUUUGUUCCUUUUAUAUUGUUACUAGGGUUGCAACAAUAAUUCAUUGAGUAAUCAUGGCCAGUGAUUAUUUAUUGAAAUUCUAAGGCAUGCACAUCCUUUUGUCAUUCAAUCCUGUCAUGCCAGGAGUAGGGUUUCCUGGUGAUACAUCCAUUGCUGGCAAUGAAUGCACCGAACCUGCUAGUGCCAAGACGUGACAAAUGGAAGCAUUGUGGCGUAUUGUAUGCUAUUUUUGUGAAGGGAAUGCCUCAGUGACUGCUCUGUAAUUAAGGGACUGCUGAAAAAUCAAGUCAACGGGCAACAGUGCGGGGCCCACAAAUCCCACCACCGAUGGCAAUGCACUGCUUUGAGGGUCCCUUUUGUGAGCUGCUGCAGGAGUGGCGGCAUGCCAAAUUGGACAGAUGGGCUUCUUAGUUCUGUUGCCACAGGAAAGUCUCUUGUCCUUCUUUCCUAUGACUCUUUUACAUGAGCCUAAUUCUAGUAAGGAGCCAAGAGUGAGGAGUCACAACUACAGGGAGACAAUGAAUGCAACAGAUUCCUUGACUGCAUGUUGCUAAUGCUAGAGCACAUGAGUAAAAAGAGACAGCAUGCGAACCUGCUGGCUAUUACUAUGUCCAUCGUUGCUCAGUUGUCCAAUAAAAGGUACCCUGUGUCUCAAGGUCAUUUUGUUCAACACAAAUGUAGUAUUAUUUCAGGCUUUGUGAAUUUCAACCAGAAUUGGGAGGGGGAAAAAAAAGAUGUCAUUUUAUUUUAACAAAAGGUAUUGUACUUUUAAUGUUUUCCGUGUUAUUUGAAUUUUAAGUACUUUAAAUGAUUUCUAAUUCAACCAGUUCUUGGUAGAACAAUGUAGUGUAUUAUAUAGUAUGGCUGCAUCACCUCAUAACCUGGGAUGUAUUUAUAGAUAUGUAACAGGACUAGUGAAAAGAAUAUGGUGUUUAAAACCUCACAACAGACUUAGAACUGAACUAUUUUAAGGUUGCUUGAAAUUGACUCCAUUUAAGACAUUGAAAACUUACUGCUGAAAGAGGCACAAAGUCUCGGCAGAUUUAAUGUGCUAUUUCACAUAACUGGUUUACAUAUGUUGGUGGAGAGGUAUGGAAUCAUAAAUGCAACAUAUCUUAUUGGUGUUCUUUGAGAAAACAAUCCACUGAACCCAGCCCACUUCUUAACACCCAUCACCAAGGAUCAUCAAAUGAAAGAUCUCAGAGAACAACAGCAUAGAAAUAGUUAAAGUGUCUUAAGACCAAUCAAAAAAUCAUUUGUUAUGGAGACAUUUGCUGACUUUCAAAGUACGCCUUGUUCACCUGCCACUACAGCACCCUUGAAACGAUUUGGCUUUGAAGAUGUUAGAAAACAUAUUUAUCCCAGAGAACCUUGUAGCCUAAUUUUUUUUCCUUCAUCAUUACUCUUACAACAUAAAAAAGGACAAAAUGUAUUUUUUAAAAAGUCUCUUAACUGGCCUGAAAAUAGUUUUAAAAAGAAUUAUCUGCUUAUCAUAAAUGUGUCCACAAGUAUUAGUUGAUGUUUAUAACUUUUGUAUUUUAAGUGGAUAAACACUUGGGAGUUUGAGUUGUGUGGAUAUUUUUGCUUUAAAAUAAUUUGGUUAUACUUCAUGUAGCAUGUUUGGAAACAAAGUCAAAAUAGGAGAGAACUACUGUGUAGUACAGCUGAAGUGCCUUUUUUCAUAACAAGUUCCAAUUUAAAAAAAUAAGAUUUUAAAAAUAAGUAUUUUAAAAAGAUGAUUCAGAUAAUUUCAGGCUAGUUUAUAUUUUUGUUUUAGAUAAAAUUUUUUUUAUCAUUAAAGGGGUUUAAUAUAGCAUUUCAUCAUUCAAAUGAUUGUUCCUAAGUUCAUUGAAAACAUGACUCUUUAAGUUAACAUCCCCUCUUCUCUUUAAAGGAGAUUCCAAUAAUCUUGGGUAAGAGAUCAGCACAUAGGAUAGUUUCUAUUGAUGUAGAUUUUCAAAAUUCAAAAUGAUUUAAUUCAGUUGGUUAUCUUCUUUGACUAUAAUCAUGAUCUAACCUUCCAAAUCUAUAAAUAAUGUCAUUGCUUUAUUUUCCCAGACUCCCUUAAUCAUAUAGAAGAGCACUGAACUAAAGCCCAUUUGAGAAGAAUAAUUUCAACUUUUCAAAACAACUAUUUUCUUUUCCAGGAAGAGUCAAUCUUGACAAAAAUUACACGAGAUAUAAUUUCAUCUGAUUGUGUUCUCUCUUUCAUCAUUCAAAAUAAGUAAAUAAGAGUCCCCCUUUUUUAUUUAUGAGACUCAAAUAUAGGAAAUUAAAAAACUCCAUUCUUAAAAUUUUAAAUGUUAAUUAUAUCAAUCCUGUGGAGAUUUAAGGUUGUGGGUUUUAAGCCUUCUUUAAAAUAUGCCUUGAAAGAUGUUUAUUACUCCUUCCUCUUGAAACCUUGGAAUUUUGUUAACUGUGAAUUUAAGAAGGAAUCUCUAGUUCAAUUGUUGAAAAACAACAAAUCCUUAAACUACUGUGUUUUAAGUAUACUGAGAGCUCUGCAGCUCUUGAAUAUUGUACAUCAUGCGUUCAUUGACCAUCAAUCAUUUACUUAAGGUAAUUUCUGUCUAUUUUUCCCUCUUAUACAUCAGGUAAAAUUUUUCCAAAGAGCCAUGUGUUGUGUGAUACUGCACCACUUUGAUAAUGAAAUAUUUGUUUGAACCCUUGUUACUAGAUGCUCUUUUAAAAAUUGUUGCAUCCCUUUUUAUAGUAUGUUAGUCUUUUACUAAGGAUUAGGUAUAUUCUUCCCACCUCCCACCUCGUGAUAAAGCUCUGUUUUUUGUGCUUUUUCAAUAUUGUUGGUCCUUCAUUCCAAGCAC